AUGCAUCCUGACAUGAUUGAAGCAGCGAUCUGUCGUCUAGAGCAGCUCUAUUUCACCGAUAAGCUCGGCCAAGAUACGAUUUCACAGGACCUCUCGUCAUCUAAAAGCAAAGCAAUACUGUCGUCGACGAUACUUAGUACAUCUGAAUUCCACUGUUUAUCUCAGUGUAUUCGUGUUUUGCUUGAUUUCCAAGAUUCGCAUCUAUUCCGUGUCAAUACUGCAAAUCGUAUAAGUUUCAUGUUAGAUUUUCUUGCACAGACACCCUUUCCAGACAUGUGCCGCUACCGCUUUCUUUCUAUUGCGCACAAUACGUUGCAUCACCUUCCCGUUGGCACUGAGCCACCCUCUAUUUUUUACAAAACAUUAAUUGAGCACAUCAGUCGCGUGAAGGAUAUAUCAGCUAGUGAGAAUUCCGAGCAACUGCUCCUGCUUAUCUCUGUUCUCGUCACUCUUAAGUCUUAUGGUGGCCAUGAGGUUCUGAAUCAAUACUUGCCUGUAUUUUCGGUAGUGAUAGCCAACAUCCCAAGUCGAAUGCAGAUUGAGAUUGCGGCACUGCUUUCUAUGCAUCCUAACGCACGAACGGAGUUACUGCCAAAUAUCUUCCAGCUUAUCACAUCACACAAAAAGUGGACCCACCAGCUCACGGUGCGGGCUCUGAGGAAACUUCUGGAGGCCAUGACCCGUACACAGACAAGGAGCAGCGACCUUGUGACCGGAAUCGUGAGGUUUAUUCAAUCGCAGCGCAGCGCGAUUGAGCCUGAUGACUUGGUGCGUUUCAUGCAUAGUUUAGUGCUUUUGGGUUUCCGCGACAUCGAUUUUUUUUCCUCCACAACCGAACAUUUGCUCAACGCAGUCUCGCCCGUCAGCCGCGCGCGGGCGUCAGUACACGACCUCUGUGAGGUCCUGUAUACCCUUACCUUUGUUUUAAAAGGAGUGAUCCGGGUGGUUCAGCAAGUGCUAGCUCGAUUGAAGAUAUCCGCUAGUCAGGUCACACCGCGCGAUAUUACCUUGUUGCUUUACAGCUUUGUUAAGCUGCGCGUUGCAAGGUACCAAGACAUCAGUGGACCAUUUUGCGACCAAGCAGUUUCGAUAUUGUCUUCAUUUAAGCCACAAGAGCUUGCCAGCACGUUGAGUUCGUUGCGGGCAUUAAAUUUUAACCAUACAUCACUUAUAAUGGCAAGUUACGGUGUUCUAUUGAAAGAGAUGAGCGCGCGAGAAGCGCCCCCAAAAGGCGAUAGCAACACAAAUACAGUCAUUCACACUGACAAUGUUCACUUACCAAAGCCAGAUGGGUGGCCGCAUCGCUUGCAAGAUAUUCAGUUUAUUUCUAUGACUUCAGCGGUAAUUCACCUUUUGCACAUAGGUGCUGAAAAACAACAAGAAAAUUCGAAAAACAGGAAGGAAACAAGCCCUAGGGAAAACCUAGACCCUACUACACAUUCGCAGACUGUGCAGCACCAUAAGCGGGGGGUUGAUGCGGUUCACUCCGGCAUUACACGUCCUCUUUGUGAUGUGAAACUAAAGGACGCAUUCAUUCAAAUCUCCACCUGCGUCCUUUCCAACUUGGCAACCCAGGGCGCUCUUCCCAAGUCCUCCGCGACCAGGGCGAAUCCCAAUGGCUUUAUUGGGCUUCAGUUGUACCUUGUCAUUACCACAUUGACCAUGUUUGAUCCACCGGUUAAGCUGAGCAUGCGACAAUGGGCAAUGCUGGCUGUGUUAGCGAACGCUAACGCGUCACAACUCCAAAAGGGUUACGCCACUACAGAGGGCAGUGCCGCCAUAGAAGUACUUAUUGCGUUACACAAGCUGCGCCGUAUGAUCACACCGGAUCUCCCCAAUGAAGAGGAUUUGCUGCAGGGGUGGGUGGCAGUGGUAGAUUCCUGGUCCCACAUGAUUCUUCCCAACCUUUGUAACUAUGUGCGGGACAACUUCCGCACGGUUCUGGGAGACAGUAAAUUCAAGGAGGAUUUGAAGGAUAUAGGAUUGCUGACGGAGCUUUCCCAAAGUGGUGGAGGGGUUGGGAGUAAGUCUUUCUCUGACAAAAAGAUAUUCAGUGGGACCAGUUCUCGAAGGUCUUCCACCAGAGCAGCUUCGAAAGCUGCAGCGCUUCAAGACUAUGGACGAAUUAACAGCCCUGAAUUAUUUACCAUUCAAGAUGAAAAUGAUGUCUCUAUCGAUUUACCACAACCAGGGAGGGAUGCAAUGAGGUUUGGAUUCACAGAAACACCUGGCGGCGAUACUACUCCAUGGAGUGAGGAUAUAGCAAAAUCUGAAUCACAAAGGUUGGCUUCAAAGUCAACCAAAAACAACUUUGGUGUUCAUGUGGCUUCCCCUGAUGGAGAGGUGCUAGAACUGACUGAUAAAGAAGUGCGGCAGAGAAAGAAAGGUGCCGUCGAGACCAUGCAUUCUUUUAAAAAGGGCAGGACUAAUCGAUCAUCGAAUGCGAAGCUAGUAUCUAACGACAGCUCAGAAUUUUUGAUAUGA